GCCAACCACAGAACUCAGACUCAUCUGCAGCACAAUUAAGCUUGCUGUUUAUAUCCAUACCUGAAACCGGUUCUAUGGCGCACAGCACUGGAUCCGAUGACAGUGUUUGCCAAGGAUUCGCCCUCACUACUCAACAGGAGAUUGCUAUGGCUAAUUCAUAUCAAUAUAACUCUUCAGAUAAUCAGUUUUUGUAUUUUUCAUACCUUCGCGACGAAGACCACCACCAAUAUAUUGAUGAUGAUGAUGAUGAACAAACUGCAUAUAAAAGGGCCUUGAAAGAGUUUUCCCAGCUUCCACCACUCCUCGGGUUGAAAAUCACUAUGACACCUGAAAUGCUGCAGCCAACCAAGACAAGCCAAGUUGCAGCCAAUAACAAGGUUGAGAAACUAAAGGCUGUGCAGUUUCCAAUGGAUAUGCUCAGGAUCGGCUAUUUUAAGAUUGAGGCUAAGUAUCCUUAUGAAUUGGUAGCUAAGUGUUAUUAUGCAAGACAAAAAUUGAUCUGGGAGAUAUUACAUGAUGGUUUGAAGUUCAAGAUUGAAAUACACUGCCAGAAUAUAUCGGCCAUUCGAGCUGUUAUGGAGGAAAAUUCACCUGGAAUACUGGAAAUUGAGCUAGACAAAGUACCGUCGUUCUUUCGCGAGAUUGAUCCAAAGCCUAAAAAACAUACUACGUGGACUAUAUCUCAUGACUUCACCGAUGGUCAAGCUUCAGAAUACCGGAGGCACUAUCUUCAAUUUCCUCAUGGAGUUCUUGACCAACACUACAUAAAGCUAUUGCAAAGCGAUAAUCGAUUGUUAGAAUUGAGCCUAAGACCUUUUCCUAGUUCACAUUUUGCUUAUUUUAGUUCACAUUUAGAUCAAGGAACGACUCAAUUUUCUUUUGGUCAUGAUCCACAUGCCAUUGCCUAUACCUACUCCCUUAUGCUCUGAACAUGUCCUUUUGUAUUUCUCCAUGCUUCAUAUUUCUAAAUGAAAAAAAGUUAUUUAUCUUUUUAAA